GGGAGGUGUCAUGGCCGCCCUCGGCGCGAGGACCCCUCGAGGAGGCGCCAUUUUAGAGACUUUUCGCCGAAUUCGCCUCCGCCGCUUCGAUUCUCCGCCGCCAUGAGCGUCGUGGACCAUGUGCGGGAGAUGGCGGCCGCCGGGCUCCACUCCAACGUGCGGCUGCUCAGCGGCCUCCUGCUCACCAUGAGCGGCAACAACCCGGAGCUGUUCUCCCCCUCGCAGAAGUACCAGCUGCUGGUCCACCACGCGGACUCCCUCUUCCACGACAAAGAGUACCGCAACGCCGUCAGCAAGUACACCAUGGCUCUCCAGCAGAAGAAGGCCCUGAGCAAGACCUCCAAAGUCCGACCCUCCACCGGAAGCACAGCCUCCGCUCCCCAGAGCCAGUGUCUGCCUUCUGAAAUAGAAGUGAAAUACAAAAUGGCUGAGUGCUACACCAUGUUGAAGCAAGACAAAGACGCCAUCGCUGUCCUUGAUGGCAUCCCUUCCAGGCAGAGAACCGCCAAGAUUAACAUGAUGCUGGCCAGCCUGUACAAGAAGACAGGCCAAGAACGUUCCUCAGUGACCAGUUACAAGGAGGUUUUGAGGCAGUGCCCGCUGGCUCUGGAUGCCAUUCUAGGCUUGCUGUCACUCUCGGUGAAGGGCGCGGAGGUGGCUUCCUUGACCAUGAAUGUCAUUCAGAGCAUCCCGAAUCUGGAUUGGCUUUCGGUGUGGAUCAAAGCGUACGCAUUUGUGCACACGGGCGACAACACCAGAGCCAUCAACACCAUCUGCUCGCUGGAGAAAAAGUCACUCUUGAGGGAUAACGUGGAUAUAUUGGGCAGUUUAGCAGACCUGUAUUUCAGAGCCGGGGACAACAAGAACGCCAUCCUAAAAUUUGAACAGGCGCAAAUGUUGGAUCCGUAUUUGAUAAAAGGAAUGGACGUCUACGGUUAUUUACUGGCUCGGGAGGGUCGCCUUGAGGAUGUGGAAAACCUCGGAUGCCGGCUGUUCAACAUCUCUGACCAGCACGCCGAGCCUUGGGUUGUCUCAGGCUGCCACAGCUUCUACAGCAAGCGCUACUCGCGGGCCUUGUACCUGGGGGCCAAAGCCAUCCAGCUCAACAGUAACAGCGUCCAGGCCCUGCUGUUGAAAGGGGCCGCUCUACGGAACAUGGGCAGAGUGCAGGAGGCCAUCAUCCACUUCCGCGAAGCAAUCCGGCUGGCCCCGUGCAGGCUGGAUUGUUACGAAGGUCUCAUCGAGUGCUACCUGGCCUCCAACGGCCUCCGUGAGGCCACCGUGAUGGCCAACAAUGUCUACAAGACCCUGGGAGCCAACGCUCAGACGUUGACGCUUCUGGCCACCGUUUGCCUGGAGGAUCCCGUGGCCCAGGAGAAGGCCAAGACCUUGCUGGACAAGGCCCUGAUGCAGCGCCCCGACUACAUCAAAGCUGUGGUCAAGAAGGCGGAGCUUCUCAGCCGAGAACAGAAGUACGAUGACGGGAUCGCUCUGCUCCGCAACGCCUUGGCUAACCAGAGCGACUGCAUCCUCCAUCGGAUGUUGGGAGACUUCCUGGUGGCGGUCAACGAAUAUCAGGAAGCCAUGGACCAGUACAGUAUCGCCUUAAGGUAGCCUUUCCAAACCCCGGUGGCUUCUGCCUUCGUUCCCCUCCUUCUCUGCUCUCUCUCUUAACGCUGCUCUGCGUCCCGUUUUCUCACGGUCACCCGUGCCGAAAGGCCUCGGCCUAUUAAGAGAGAUUCCUGGUGCCUUGCUUGUUCUCAGUAGUAGUAGUAGCAGCAAGGUGAAGUUAGUCCUUGGCUUACUAUCACUAUUUGAAGAAGUUCAUGCUUCGAAGCCUGCUUUUUCAGUAGUUCCUCUGGG